CCGGAGAAAGGUCAUGCAGAUGGUCAGCCGGUGGUGAUCCUUCUAGGAUGGGCAGGCUGCCAGGACAAAUACCUGGCCAAAUACAGUGCAAUCUACAGUCAGAAGGGGUGCACCGUCAUCCGCUACACAGCUCCAUGGAGGAUGGUCUUCUUCUCUGAGACCUUUGGCAUCAGAUCCCUCCAGACCCCAGCCAAACGACUACUGGAGCUUCUUUUUGACUACAAAGUUGAAAACAGACCAGUUCUUUUUCAUGUUUUUAGCAAUGGCGGUGUCAUGCUCUACCGUUACAUCGUUGAGGUGCUCCACACUGACAAGCCAUUCAAGAACCUCAGAGUAGCGGGCGUCAUUUUUGAUAGUGCCCCUGGCAGAAGAAACUUGUCAGGAGGCCUUCGUGCCCUGGGAACUGUCUUGGUGUCCACGAAUGUGCUGCUCAAGUAUUUCCUCUUACUCGCUUUUGCUAUUACUGCUGUUGUGCUGCGGAUCUUUCUGUACCCGUUGACCCGCUUCAUCCACGAGAGCCACUACGGUGCCCUGCUGAAAGCGCCCUCGCGCUGGCCGGAGCUUUAUCUCUAUUCCCAAGCUGAUGCCAUCAUUAAGGCCAGCGAAGUUAAAUACAUGGCUGAUGCACGGCAGCGGCUCGGUGUCUCCGUGAAAGUUGUAGACUUCUCGGAUUCGGGUCACGUCAGCCACAUGCGGGUGUAUCCCACCUACUACAGCAACCUCUGCACGACUUUCCUGUCUGACUGCGUCGGGGGCUCACUUCGUUAG